AGUGUAUCUAAUUGCUAUUGGUGACGUUGGAGAAGCUUUCCUUUCGUAGAUGGCUCAUAGCCAAGUGAGCAUAUAAAGCAGUCUCUCCUAGGCUUCCAAGACCAUGGCAGAUAACAAGCACUUCCAAUAUUUGUACUGUUGCAUGCAUCAUGGUCGCCAUCAACCGCUUCGUCCUCCUCACCUCGUCAGUGGCCAUUGCGGCUGCUUCACCUAUCUUGCCGCCUGCUGCUAAGCUUACUGUUAGGGACGAAACAUCCUACAAUGCAAGCUUGCCUAACAUAACAAUAUUCGCAACGGGCGGCACAAUCGCCGGCAGUGCGGGCAGCGCGGAUCAGACAACCGGGUACCAGGCUGGUGCCCUAGGCGUCGAGGUGCUCAUCAAUGCUGUCCCGGAGAUUCUCAACAUUUCCAAUGUUAAGGGAGUGCAAAUUGCCAAUGUUGACUCUGGGAGCAUUACCCCUGCAAUUCUUCUGAAUCUCACGCACCAGAUUCAGGAGGAACUGGACAGCCCAUAUUGUCAGGGUGUUAUUGUCACUCAUGGAACAGACACCUUGGAGGAGUCAGCGUUCUUCCUGGACUUGACGAUCCGCUCCGAGAAGCCCGUCGUGUUUGUCGGCGCGAUGCGGCCAGCCACGGCCAUCAGCGCGGACGGUCCUAUAAACCUGCUGGAGGCCGUCACACUGGCUGCGGACCCUGCAGCUCGCGGUCGCGGCACGAUGAUCGUCCUGAACGAUCGUAUCGCCAGCGCGUACUUCACCACAAAGACGAAUGCAAACUCUCUUGACACCUUCCAGGCCCACGAGCAAGGGUAUCUUGGUUUCUUCAUCAACAUUGAGCCCAUUUUCUAUUCCACUCCAAGCACCCCCCUCGGCAAGCCGUAUUUCGAUGUCACAGACACGGACGUGCUGCCACAAGUCGAUAUCCUUUAUGGCUACCAGGGACUCAACCCCACUCUCGCUACUGCUGCCGUCUCCAGUGGUGCCGAAGGUCUAGUGCUCGCAGGUAUGGGUGCAGGUGGUUGGACGCAGCCAGGCAGAGAGGUGAUCAAGCAGCUCGUGGAGGAAAAUGGGACUUCAGUGGUAUAUUCUCGCAGGACAAUGGAUGGCUAUGUUGAGCCUCCAUCUACUCCUGGAUACGGCAGUGGAUUCCUGAACCCCCAGAAGGCCCGUAUCACCUUGCAGCUAGCUUUGGAUGCGAAAUACAAUCCAUCUCAGAUGGAGACACUAUUUGAGUUUGCCUCAAGUUAGGUAUAAUGUAAUAGACUUGUCAGGGAACCCAUCAGAUGGUAAUUAGUUAAUGAUAAUAUGCACCCAAAGUCUUUUUGCU